CUAAACCCUCACUACUCCCCACACACUCACUCUCACUCUUACUCACAAUCACACACCUAUAAAUUCCAUUGACCACCGAUCCUUUCUAUCACCUUUGCUUCCACACUCUAAUCAAAUCUUUCUCUUAUCAGUGGCCUUAAUCCCUCUAUCCCCUGAAACUAUUCUGUUUCGCUCUGUUCCAUUUCAUCCUUUCUCACCUAACAUGGCUGUCUCUGGUUUUGAAGGCUUCGAGAAACGCCUGGAGCUCCAUUUCUUUGGUGAUGACCCAGCUUUCCUUCAUAUGGGUCUUAGAAAACUUGAUUUCGAAUCACUACAAGAAAUCCUGCAAGCUGUUCAAUGCACGGUGGUUUCAGCUGUUGGCAACUCAUACUUUGAUGCCUAUGUUCUAUCAGAAUCUAGCCUCUUUGUCUACCCAACGAAGAUCAUCAUCAAGACUUGUGGGACCACCCAACUUCUCAAAUCCAUUCUUCCCUUGAUCUACUAUUCUCACCGUCACCUAGGCCUUACUCUGUGCUCUUGCCGCUACACCAGAGGCAGCUUCAUCUUCCCUAAGUCACAGCCUUUCCCUCACACUAGCUUCAAAGAGGAAGUCGCCUAUUUGGAACAAACCAUCCCUGCCAAUCUCUGCUAUAGAAAAGCUUCGAUUAUGCCCUCUAAGUCAUCUCAUUCUUGGCAUGUUUUCACUGCUAGUGAUGAGUCCCAUAUACCCCAUGACCUUGAAAAUGAAUUGUUCACUAUGGAGAUCUGUAUGACUGGGCUUGACCCCGUCCUUGCUCGCAAGUUUUUCCGGCGCCCUGGAGACGGAAAAACCGGCGACUCUGCUGGGAAGGAGAUGACGGAGCUAACGGGCAUCAAUGAAAUCAACCCAGAAGCUUAUAUUUGUGAUUUUGCAUUUGAUCCUUGUGGAUAUUCGAUGAAUGGCAUAGAUGGUGAUUGGUACUCCACCAUUCAUGUCACCCCAGAGGAUGGUUACAGUUAUGCAAGCUUCGAAUGCGUGGGUUCCAUUAAUGACGAUUUAGUCCAUGUGUUGAGGAAGGUGGUUCAGAUAUUCCGGCCGGCGACCAUGUCAGUCGCCACAACGUCGUCCAGUGGCUACAGCAAUGAGUUGUGGACACAGGUGGUGGGAGCAGUGGAGCCUCUGGGAUUGAAAUACCGGAGUUAUGCAAUGGACCAGUUUCCAGCAGCAGGUAGUGUCGUCUUUCAAACAUUUACAGCUCGCCGGAAAAGUACUUAAGGCCAGAGAAGAUAAAGAAAGCGGUGGCGGCUGCAGGGAAGGGAAAGAAAGAGAGACGGAUGGUAGCUUAGGAAGUUAGAGUUAGUUGAAAAUUUUAGGAGAGGGUGAAGGGUAAUGACAUGGCUAAAUGUGAUUGAUUGGUUACAGUGGAUGAUGAAUGUUGUGGAGUGAAUCAAUGGAUGAGCAUGUGAAUAUGGAGCAAAACUAGCGAAGGAAAGAAAGGGGUAAAUAUUCACGUGUUUGUUAAUUGAUUUAGUCUAUUUUUGUGAUUGGGUUUACCUGGAAAUUUUCGGAGAUAAUUAACAUAUCGAUAAAGAUAAAAGAAGUGGGUGAAGAAAGUGGGAGAGGCUAGGGAUGGAUUUUGGAAUAGUAUGAAAAGGGGGAAGUUAGGGUGGGGGGGAUACUGGGAUGAUCAUGAUAAUGCACCCCACUUAGGCUUGUCACGCCUAAGAUUUUUGAUCUUUUGUCUACUAC